CCUGUCGCGGGCGGGGCUACGAUGAACCGGCUGUUCAUCGUGUCUCAGCACCCGGCUUUGGUCCGCGCCGCGCAGCAGACUUGCACAAACGUUUCAAAUAACCUUGCUUCCGUUUCGACCUUUAGUUCUCUUCUUUCCGGCAACUGGUUUAGUACCGCGACAGCGGCGCCCCAACCUGCUACCUCUGGCGACGACGCACAGCGACAACCUAGCGUAGCAAACUCAGCCUCUAACGCAGGCCAGCUCCUAACCAACCGGCUGGCGGCAGCGUCCGCGCAUACCGCUGCGGACGUUGCCGCCACGCCGGCAACCUCAUCCUCAUCAUCGCUACCAACGCCACCAUCCCCGGGCUCCCUUGCUGCUCAACCCCAACCGCUUGACCACGAUGGCGGCUCGGGCGCAUCAGCAGCAGCAGCACCCCUGCCGGAGCUCCAACAGCCCCAACCGCAGCCCGGUUCUGAGCCGCAGCUGCCUGGCUCGCUGGCGCAGCAGUCGGCCCCGCCGCAGCUGCUGCAGGUGGUUCCCACCCCCGAGGGCGCCCCUCGCGACAAGCUAAUGAUGCGGGACUUCAUCCAGAACUCGCUCUACCACCCGACGCUUGGCUACUUCAACGCUCCCACCCCGCCGGUGGGCAGUGUGGGCGGCCCCAUCAACUACUGGAAGAUCUACUGCCGCGACGAGUUCAACAUACUGGUCAAGAAGAAGUACCAGGAGCUGGAGACCUCCUUCCUGACCCCCGCCGAGCUGUUCAGCCCCUGGUACGGCGCCUGCAUCGCCCGACACAUGGUGGAGCACCGCAGGCACCACCUGGGUAUGGAGGGGCAGCCGCUGGUGGUGGUGGAGGUGGGCGGAGGGAACGGCACGCUGGCGAGGGACAUUCUGGACUGGCUACGCGACAACCGGCCGCAGGACUACCGCCAGACCUCGUACACCUGCCUGGAGAUCUCCACCAGCCUGGCAGCCCGGCAGUACGACAAGGUUGUACGGCAGGGGGGGCACGGCGGGCACUUCCACCUGCGGCGGGGCAGCGGGCUGGACCCGGCCACCUGGGGGGGUGAGGUGCGUUGGGAGCACACGUUCGUGCUGAUGAUGGAGGUGCUGGACAACCUGCCGCACGACAGGGUGUUUCGCAGGCGACCCAGCGACCCCUGGCAGCAAACCGUGGUGCGCCCCCUCCCCGCCUCCUCCUCCUCCUCCUCGCCCUCCUCCUCGCCCUCCUCUUCGCUGGAGUCGGGUCCCUGGGAGGAGGUGGGAGAGCCGCUGACCGACCCGCUGCUGGCGCGCACGCUGGCCGCCGUGUACCGCCCGCCUACCCGGGAGCAGCAGCUGGACGAGCGGUUCAACCGGGUGCUGGACUUCAUUCUGGCUAGGGAGGCCCAGCCCACCAGUCGCGACGAGGUGCUGUGGGUGCCCACCGCCGCCGCCUCCUUCCUGGAGCUGCUGCACACCCUGCGCCCCAACCACUCGCUCAUUGCCGCGGACUUUGACAAGUUGCCGGACGUGCAGCUGCCGGGCAGGAACGCACCGCUGGUGGCGGAGAAGAUCGGCGGUCGCAACAUCGACCACCCCAGCGUGCUCGUCCCCUGGGGCAGGGCCGACAUCUUCUUCCCAACCGACUUUGAUGCGAUGUGCAAGCUGUACCGGGCCGCGGCGGAGUACGUGUGGGGGCCGGGGGGGAUAGCCAACACCACCACCGCCUCCACCUCCACCGCCUCCUCUGUGUCUUCUACCGCUCCUGCUGCCUCUUCCACCACCACCACCAGCAGCAGCGGCACCAACAGCACUACCAGUAUUGAGGGCACCCCGGCAGCGGCGGGUGCGGAGGCAGCGGCAGCCGCAGCGGCAGCAGCAGCCCGAGCAGAUGCCGAGGCAGCCGCUGCUGCCGCCGCUGCUCUGGGCGAUGUGAAUGCGGAGCACUUCCGUCAGGGGGCGGUGGUGAAGCGGUACCGGGAGAUGUUCAACACCGCCACCAUCUGCGCGUUCAACCCCAUGGUGGAUGACUUUGUGAACGCCAGGUUCUUCUUCGGCGACUCCAAGAACCGCCUGCCACCCGGACAGCGAGCGGCACUGCUGCAACAGCAGCAGCAACAGCAGCAGGCCAAGUCCCGGCUGCCCAGCGCGCCCGCCUCCCUGGCCUCAGGCAUCAAGGCACACAUCCCCGCCGCCCCGGCAGCCAAGGUGCGGGCCCGGCUGCAGCAGCAGCAGGUGCAGCAGCAGCAGCAGGAGCCGGUGCUCGGGGGCAGGAGGCAGAGAGGAGGAGGAGGAGGAGGAGGAGGAAGGGGUGGAGGGGGGCGGUAGGGCGGAUUUGUUAGUGCGGGAGGGUGAUGGGUAUGAGCAGGAGGGCGUGCGCAGCAGCGGGGGCGGUAGCAGUAGGAGGCUGAGGAGAUGUGUGGCGGGAUGGAGGAGGGGCGGUGAGCGGUUGGCGUGGAAACAGCUGAGUAGCAGCUGAGUAGCACGGCACUCGUGUGGAAGCUGGGUAGGUUGCUUCACGGCUGCUGCGGAGGCACUGGCGCCUUGGUUGCGGUGGUGGUGGUGGUGGUGCUUAGGGCGGUGGGGCGUGCGGGUUGUCCUAAGAGGGCUACGCUUUGACCGCUGCUUCGGUGCAUCUGGCUGGCUGGCGGCAGGGGCAGUGCAGAGGCCCUGAGCAGCAGCGGCAGCAUGCAGACAGACAGACAGAGAGACACGGCGGUGAUGGUGAUGUACUCGGACCGCGCGGCAUUACCCAGUUCUUGUCGUACGACAACCUUGGCAGGCUGUGAGGGGAGACAGACGGAGACCAUGGGUCCAGGGAGGCGUGGAAGAGAGGCUUCGGUCGAAACAAAGGUCACAUGUUGCAUGCACGGAAAGCCGCCUCUCCCUUUCCGCUCCGCUCAGGCAGCGCUUGCGAGGUCGUGUGUCAGCCCCUCAUCCGUAUCACGUCGUCUAGAGUUAGCCCCGAAACGAUUGAUACUUCUUGUUAGAGCUGUUUGGGCGCAGCGACUGAAUCGGGUUUUUCGCCCGCUUUCGAGUUAAGGGCAUGCAUGCGCGACGUUCCCCAAAGCGCUGCAUCUCUUUGGAAAACUGGAGAACGCGAAAGCCAGACGUCGCUUUUGGGGCUGCAUAUAACGCUCCUUAUGCAUUCAAAGCAGGAUUGGGAUUAGGUCGAUACAAGGCUG